AUGCUGCUUCACCGAUUAACCCUAAUUCCCCUUCUUCCUGGCCAGCUCAUACACAAAUCCUCACUGACAAUAGGAAGUAGGGUGCUAUGUCUCAAUAUUCAAACCAAUCAUCGCCGAUCUUUCGCCACUUCUAGGCUCCAGAGGACCAAAUCGUCGUCGUGUAUUGGUGACGAUUUCUUUUUGAGAAACAAUUUAGAUAAAAUAUUGCCAAACAAAUUUGUCAUUUCCUGCCAGCCGAAAGAGGACUCGGAUCAAGAUAAUGAAAAGAAGACCACUACUACCCCUUCUCACAUUCCUUUCAAGGUGACUCCUAAAAUAUGCACACCUUCCAACAAACCAAUAUCGACCAACAAGAAACUUAAUGGGUUCUUUGCCCUCACAAAACCAAACCUAACUUUUCUUGUGAUGCUAUCGUCAAUCUGUUCCUACGCCAUUGCUCCUUAUCCAGGAUCGUUCACUUCGCUUGUCUGUUUGACCGUGGGGACUUCUUUAUGUUCUGGAGCUGCCAACGCCAUCAAUAUGGCCAGGGAACCUGAGUUUGAUCGUAAAAUGGUCCGGACCUCCGCCAGACCAGUAGUCACCGGAUUAAUCUCGACAAAAGAAGCCAUGGGCUUUGCCGGAGUCGCAGGAACCCUCGGGGCCUCGAUACUUUACCUUGGGGUCAAUCCUUUGGUGGCCCAAUUGGGGAUUGCCAAUAUCGUGCUUUAUGCUUGGACUUAUACUUCACUUAAACGGAAACAUAUCAUCAACACCUGGGUCGGGGCGGUGGUUGGGGCGAUUCCUCCAUUAAUGGGGUGGGCUGCUGCCAGCGGUGGGCUGUUAUCUUUAGUUGGUGGUGAUGCUGGUGCCUGGCUACUUGCUAGUUUGUUAUACGCUUGGCAAUUCCCUCAUUUCAACGCGUUGUCCCACAAUAUUAGAGAUCAAUAUAAACAAGCUGGUUACGUGAUGACGGCGUACGAGAACCCUCGCCUCAAUGCUAGAGUGGCGUUACGGUACGCGUUAUUAAUGUUCCCAAUCUGCUUUGGUUUGAGUUAUUAUGGGAUCACCGAUUGGUGGUUUGUCGUUGAUUCUAGUUUGUUGAACGGGUGGUUAUCUUGGGAAGCCAUGAAGUUUUGGAAACAUCAAAGAAAGAUCUAUGGAGCAGGAUACGUUGGACUGGUGGUGAGUGCCGGGGCCAGCGCUGGGGCACACGCCACAAGACAGGUUAUUAAAGAAGCAGACGCCAAAUUAGCCAAUGCCUAUGCAAAGAAGUUGUUUUGGGGUUCGGUUUGGCAAUUGCCGGGGAUUUUGAUUUUGGCGUUGCUCCAUAAAAAAGGGAUCUGGGAUCGUUGGUUUGGAAGUGAUGAGAAGAAAGAUGAUUUAAAUAGCGAGAAGGUUUUAAGUUAG